CACUUUCAAACCCUGCAGCAAAGCUUUCUUUCCACCCCAAGGCUUAUUUUGCAACCCGCAGUCGGGCCACGCCAUGGCAACGUUUGUCAGCGAGAAGCUCAGCCGGCUCUUCAUUAACGUGAGGCAGGUCCCUCAGCUGCUGGGGCCCCUCUCUCCCUCCACCGUCAGCAGCUCCGAGGUGCCCAAGAUCUUCUGGAAGCCCUACAUCCACACCGGCUACCGGCCCGUCCAGCAGACCUGGCGCUACUACUUCUCCACCCUCUUCCAGCAGCACAACGAGGCCAUCAACGUCUGGACCCACCUGGUGGCGGCGCCGAUCCUGCUGCUGCGCUUCCAGCGGCUCUCGCAGCGCGUGGACUUCGGGCAGGACCUGCACGCCCAGCCCCUCCUCAUCAUCCUCGCGGCCUCCAUCACCUACCUGACCUUCAGCAGCCUCGCCCACCUCCUGCAGGCCAAGUCCGAGUUCUGGCACUACAGCUUCUUCUUCAUGGACUACGUGGGGGUUGCUGUUUACCAGUACGGCAGCGCCCUGGGGCACUACUACUACGCCAUCGAGCCGAGCUGGCACGAGAGGGUGCGGGGGUUUUACAUGCCGGCGGCCGUGCUCCUGGCCUGGCUGUCCUGCGCUGGCUCCUGCUACGCCAAGUACCGCUACCACCAGUCCGCCCGGCUGCUGGGCCGGCUGUGCCAGGAGCUGCCCUCGGGCCUGGCCUACCUGCUGGACAUCAGCCCCGUGGUCCAUCGCAUCUUCACCGCGCCGCCCUCGGCGCGCCCGGACCCGGCCCUGCUGUACCACAAGUGCCAGGUGCUGUUUUUCCUCAUCGGUGCCUUUUUCUUCUCGCACCCUUACCCCGAGAAGUGGUUCCCCGGCAAGUGCCACUUCUUCGGGCAGAGCCAUCAGAUUUUCCACGUGUGCCUGGUGCUCUGCACGCUGGCGCAGAUCGAGGCCGUGGUGCUGGACUACGAGUCCAGGCGGCACAUUUAUUCCGCUCUCCAGGGGGACCUGGCACACAACUUCUCUGCCCUGUGCCUCUUCACUGUGACCUGCUCUGUCCUCACAGCUGCCUACAUGGCCCGGAAGGUGAAGAACAAGCUGGGCUUCAAGGAAGAGUAAAAGCCCUGAGGUGAGAUUCAGAAAUAGUUCCAGCUUGCUCUUAAGAAUGGUACGUGGGUUUAAUUCACAAUUCACCUCUGAAUAAAGAGUUGGGACAAAGUGUCUCGGUGCUGCAGCCCUGUGCCCAGACAGUGGUGGGCUGGGGAAGGCUCCUGGAAGCUGCCAGGUCUCACAGCACGAGCCUCUCACAGCCAAGCUAAAAGCACCCAUCCGAAUUCUGGAGAGGAAACCCACCUCAGUGGUGUUCACACAGAGCAGAGCCCCCCAAACCCACACCAAGCAAACCACCAUCC